AAGUCCUUAAAAAACCUUGUACGCUUCAUAUCAUUUUCUAUCGGCAAUACGUACAUAAUAUCUCGUUGCUUUUAUACAUGAUAGAUAAUAAUAUAUUUCAGUUUGCUUAUUGACGUGUGACCCUAUCGUCGCAUCGGUCGACUGUUUACCUUUACUCGAGGAGUUCGCGCGUGUAUAAUAGGAAAUAAAGGUAAUGGUUUAUAGUUGGAAUGAUUUAUUGCAUUUACCGAUUAUGUAGGAUGUAAAUCAACUGAGAAAAUGAAUAUCUACUGAAAAAUGACAAGGAAUGUCAAACGAUACGCCGACAUCUGGACCUACGAUUUUUUUAAAUUAUUCGGAUGCAAGCGCCAAGCCAUCUACGCAAUAUCUUUCGAACUACGGCAACUACAUUCAACACAUCGCUUUAGCGAUCCUCCUCACCAUCGUUAUUUUGAUCGUUAUUUUAGGAAACACACUCAUAAUUUUGGCAGUAAUAACGACAAGAAGAUUACGAACAGUUACCAACUGUUUCGUUAUGUCGUUGGCUGUAGCCGAUUGGUUAGUUGGAAUUUGUGUCAUGCCUCCAGCAGUAGCCUACGCAUUAAUUGGUGUCUGGGAGCUUGGCUGGAUCCUCUGCGAUAUAUGGAUAUCGCUCGACGUUUUACUGUGCACCGCCUCGAUUCUUAGUUUAUGUGCUAUUAGUAUCGAUAGAUAUUUCGCCGUAACUCAACCACUAAGGUAUUCAAGAAAUCGAAGAUCAAAAAGACUCGCAUUCGGAAUGAUUCUCAUAGUAUGGAUCAGCUCUCUACUUAUAACUUGUCCUCCGAUAUUUGGAUGGUAUGAACAUGGCAAACAUAACGGAAAAAUUUGUCGAUAUAACAAAAACACAGGAUAUGUCAUCUUUUCCGCCAUGGGAUCCUUCUUUAUACCAAUGGUAGUAAUGAUCUACGUCUACAUUAAGAUUUCUUGUGUUGUAGCACAAAGACAUGACCAGCUCGCUCACGUUGAUACAUCUCAUCCUCGAAAAAAUCAGAAGUUAAUUUACAACACAAAAGAAGAAUCUGAUUUAGAUAGGGGCUCCUCGGAAUGUGAAGAUACUAACUUGAGAGGUCAAAGUAACCAUUGUCCUGAAUCACCGCAACACAACGUACAAGCAAAGAAGCAACCAAUAGUUCAGUCUAGAUCCUUUCGAUCUAAUUACUCGUUCAACCAUACCAACGACUCUUUACCACCAACUCAAACGGCAAGUUUAUACAGGAGUAAUUUCCCAUUGCGACAAUCCAGACCGGAAAGUCUAACAUUAGAUACUUCCGUAUUGAAUUUCGAACCAGCUUCUAGAGUGUCUUCCUUUAGAAGAGAGACUAAAACUGCGCAGACUUUAAGCAUCGUCAUCGGUGGUUUCAUCGCCUGCUGGUUACCAUUUUUUAUUUUUUACGUAUUAACACCUUUUAUAAACACUAAUGAAGUCAAUACUUUAAUUAUGUCUUAUUUAACUUGGUUGGGUUGGAUAAAUUCAGCCAUAAAUCCUUUUAUAUACGCAUUUUAUAGUCCCGAUUUCCGACUGGCUUUUUGGCGGUUGACUAUUAGGCAUUUUACAAAGAAUAAUAGACAGAAUAUGGCGAUGCAGCAAAAAUAAGUCACUGGGAAAAUGCGCGAAUGAUUCUACCUCACGAAAGUUACAGAGAUAGAGAGAAAAACUGAAGGAACCAUAUUUUAUAAAAUACUGUAUAAUGUACAGUUUAACUAAUAAUGGGCGCCCUUAGUUGAUAUGUGCUGUAAAAAGAAUUAUAAAACAACGUACAGGUGUUGAAUAAAGAAGGUUUUUGAAACUAGCACUUAUGAAAUAUGAAUGAUAGAUAAACGAGAAAUAUUUUUAUUGGUUACCUAUUUGUGUAAAGUACGUACGUAAAUCCACUGUUAAUGUUUAGAACUUUCCAUACCAACAUCGUAAAGUCUAUUCUAACUAACUUUUAUAGUAUUGUUCAAUGAUGGAAUAAUGAUGUCUAUUACUCAUGAGAAUAAUAUUUGCACCUCAAUUGUAGCUUUCCAGAUAUCUUCUUAAUGUACCAUCACAUGAUAGGCAGCAUCGAUUGAGGCAGUACGACCUUAGUCGAUAAAUACAAUGAAAGACCUAAACUUUUGUAUAAAAUAAACUUGAAACUAACCGAAUGUAUCAGUUUUUUAUUAAAACUGAUUGAAAUAUCGUAGAAAGCUACCGGGCACAUUUUAUGUGCGUUAUAUUAUUUUGGGUAACCGGCAUGGUCCCUUUGUAUAUUUCUUUAGAUUGGCCUGAAUAUAUAUUUUGGAAAUAUGAUAAUAUAGGUUCCUAUAUUAUCCUAUAUGCUUUGAAAAAAUAACAUUUUUAAUAUUCUUUCAUAAACGUUACAAAAAUAAAAAAAAGCUUUAAUCUUAGACUACUACAAACAUAUUUACAUAAACAGAAAUCAAUGUUCUAAUCAAUAACGAUGUUUUUUGUUGAAACACGACAAACAGUAGUGGGGUUGGGAAGGGCAUUCGGGACAGUAAGUUGCUACUUUUUUUAUUUUAUUUUUUGCGUACUUUCUGUCAUUGUGAUAACAUGCAUUACACCAUUUUCCAGGCAUCCUCACUGGACCAUCUUUACGUUUCAGCUCAUGUUUAAUCCGUAUGGGUCUUGAAGGAGUUACUAUUUCUGUGUGACUUGUUUCAGUACAAAGAUAAGACACUGUUUGAUGCAAAAUCAUUACAUUUACAAGAGCAGUGUUUAGAAGCAAUUCUACAGCUAAUUUCUUAUACCAUUUAAUUAAUUUUCUCAAUGGCGAUGAAUAAGCAGUCAUUUGAUCCAACAAAUCAAUAGCACCUUUGGUUUCGUUAUAAACAGUAACAAUUUUAGGUUUGUACUUUUGUUGACCUCUUUUGUUAACAGCUCUCACAAACUUUGUGGAAUAUUUUGUGGAUAAUAAUAAAACAUCGCGUCUUUCCACUUCAAAAUAGUUACACCUUUUUCAUUUUCAAGAGACUUGACCUCUCCAGGUUUCAAUUUGGCAUGUACCACUUCCUUUGGCACAUUCUUUCUUUUUUUUCUAAUUGUUUCCACCAAGUGCAAGCCCUUUUACCCUACCCAAGACGGAUAGGGUAAAAAACGAGUAGUGCGUUAUCUAGAUAUCUUGUCUAUGAUCGUCCUAAAACACGUUUCCGUCACUAUUAUAGUGACAGGAGCAACGUAUCAAUCUCAAAUUGCUCGUUAAAUUGAAAAAAACUCCUACUGAGUGCUAUAAAUUGUUGCAAGAGGCCUAUGGGGACAAUUCUCUAUCUCGUGCGCGUGUUUUUGAGUGGUGUAGGCGCUUUAGUGAGUUCCGAGAGAGCGAAUCAAAAUUCAAGGCAAUUUUGAUCGUUUUUUUUUUUUCGAUAUUAACUGUAUCGUGAUGACUAAAUGGGUUCCAGAGGGUCAGAUUUUCAACCAAACUUACUAUUUGUUAGCUUUGGCAACACUGUGAGAGCGAGUUCUUAAAAAACGGCCCGGUUUUGCACCAGGACAACGCAUCCGCCCAUAAUGCGCUAUCUGUGAAGCAAUAUUUGGUCAGUAAGCGCACUCCAGUGCUCGAACACCCGCCAUACUCACCAAAUUUGGCCCUGUGCGACUUUUUUUGUUUCGGAAUAUAAAAUCUGCUUUGAAAGGGACCCAAUUUGAAUCGAUGGAAGCGGUAAGCGAAAAAUGGCAGAGCUCCUGAAGGCAUUCACCAAAGAAGACUUCCAGCACUGCUUCCAUCAAUGGAAAAACGAGGAAUGAGUCGAUUCUCGAUACAGAUUAUCUAUACCACCGAUUCAUGGACAUUGCUAUCGAGAAUCGAUCGCAAAAAGUCUAUACCGAUACCAGUAAAUGGACGGAAAAAUUAUUUUUUAAUCCAGUUUAUAUUGUUAUGAAAUUUUGGUAUUUCAUUUGUUGUUUAAACAACAGGUUGCUUCGGUACAUUUAUUGGGCAGUCAAAGUAGUUCCGUAUCGUCUUUAAUAUAUUAUAUUUAUUAAAUUAUAUUAUAUUUAUUAAAUAAUUUCGACAACUUAACCCUUGCGUAUGGCUUACAUUUUUUAUCAUUAGAAAUUGCCUCAUUGAUCCCUGUAUAGGCAUAGAUAUUUUAAAAUUUGUUUGUAGGUUGUUCAAACAAAUUAUGAAUAUGUUUCUAGUGAGAGAAUUUUUUUCACAAGGGGCUAUUUUAUAUCGAUGGUAUCGGUAUCGAGAAUCGAUUUUUUACGUAUCAGUAUCGAGAAUCGAAAAAUUUUGGUAUCGAUACAUCUCUAGAAAACACGUAUGGAAAGGUG